CGUUUCGUGACCCUGCAUUGCUUAAUUGAUUAUUAGUUUAUUGGUUUCGACUUCACGAUGGACGAAGACUGUGACAUAGCUGAAGAUUUUGACUGUCCAAGCCUUCUGUGCAAGGAGCUGGAGGAUUUGGAAAGAAAGAACCACCAAGGGAGGAGGAGCAGGACGAGGAGAGGGGAAGGAGAGGAGAGGGUGUUUAAUCAGACAGAGGAUAAAGAGGCAGGAGAGGAGACAGGCCGAGAACACGAGGAGGGGGAGAGUAAAAGGAAAGAUGUUGAUUUAGAAAAUGAACUUAUGGCAACAGAAGAAGAGGAGCAGGUUAGGCCAGAGAGCAGCCUGCGAGCGGAGGAGGAACAGGAGGAGCGGAUGGAACACGACAAGAUUGAGAACAACAAGGAAGCAAUCGACAAGCAAGAGGCCAAAGAAAGGAAAAGUCUAGAAGAGAGAAUUGAGAAGAAAAAGGGUAGGAAGAGGCGAGGUAGGAAGCAAAGUGAGCGAGUUAGAAACAGGAGAGGGUAUAAAGAUGUCAGCAAGCGCUUUGAGGAGGAGAGUCGGUUACAGGGGGCAUCAACGAUGAGUUCAGGGGAGAGCUUGGCUCUGGCCGAGCCUCCCAUUGGACUGAUGAACAGCUGCGACCUGUCCGACCCCUUCUUCCUGGGCUGUGGGGGGACCGGCCUGUACCGCCCUGCUCCUGCUCCUCUUCCCCUGCUAUACUCCUCCCAGCCUCCUGUCCCCAUCCAACCUGCACCUCCUCAACCUCAAAGAGCCUGCAGCCCCUCUCUACCUCACAGUCACUCCCUGCACGGCCCACAGCCUCACAAGAUGGAGAUAACCAAAGUCUACUCCACCCAACACUCCGCCCGCUACAGUAGCAGGAGUCGAGCCCAGGAGCUCAGCUUGCCUCUGCUGCCGGGAAUGGAGAUCGUUGACAACGGUCUGCUUCCACCGCCACCCAAGAAAAAAACCAGAACACUCUACAGUACUGAUCAGUUAGAGCAUUUAGAGGCCUUCUUCCAGGAGGACCACUACCCUGACGCAGAGAAGAGGAAAGUCAUUGCCUCCUCAGUUGGUGUCACGCCUCAAAGGAUUAUGGUCUGGUUUCAGAACCGCAGGGCUAAGUGGCGGAAAGUGGAGCGCUCUAUCACAGCGAGGGGCGAACACAGACAGAGCAGAGCUGGCAGAAGCAGCAGCCCCCUACAUCACCAAAUCAAUUCCAAAAGUAAGGGAACUCCCAGUUUUUCGAGUCACCCUGCCACCAAGCUGCCCCAGCUCGCCCCUGCAGCGUCUUCUUUCUCCGCCCUCUCCAACCAGACUCCGCCCUCCUACAGCAACUUGCUGGCCAGCCUCAACAGUCCAGGUCAAUCCGGAGGGAGAGAUGUGGGCCAGCAGCAGCUUUCAUCUCAGGGGGGGUUGGCAGAGUAUCACCCCCGUCCCAUGCACAGCCCUCCCCCUCUGCGGCGAGCCAGUCUUCCCCUUUUCUUAACGACCUACAACGCUGCCAACCCAGCUCCACCUCCCCUUAACAACCUGGCUCACACCCCACCUCUGUUCCUGGACGCUCUGGAGAGCGGCUCCUCCCUGGGCCAUCGCGACACCCAGGCUCUGCAGACUGACACUAGUUCUCUAUUUGACUUGGGGGAUAAGCUGGACUACCUGACCUCAGGCCAGCAGAACAACCCGCUCUCCUACCAGCUCCAGAACUCCUACCCCUCCACUCAGCCCCAGCACCAACCUCAGGCAUCUCUGCCCCGCAUGGCCUACCUCACCCCCACCCCCUACCUCACCCCCAACCCUCCAGAUUCCAAUCCUACCUCCUACCUGACCUUCGGCCCCGGAGGAAACUCCACUGGGGUGGUGACCUACUCCACUGGAGGCCACGCUUACUUCCAGUCCCAGAGCGCAGGACAAAUCCUGCUGCAGUCGGCCAGUCAUCCUGGUGGGAUCACAGCAUACCAGUCGUACCCGUGGGGCAGCAUGUACAGCCAGCCAGCCGUGCACCAGCGCACUCAGUGCCCUCCAACUUACCCCGGCAGCCGAGGCGCUCGAGAUCCCCAGCCGCCCUCCUCCAACUCCCUGCCUCCCCCUUCAUACUUCAUCCGGGGGGACCACGCCGUGCCCUCACAAGCAAACUCCCAGCACUCAUCACACACCAGCAGCAGCUGCACCUCCACCACCACCGUCCUCCCCCCUGUGUCCACCCUGCGGCCCUCUCGCCUCAGAGCGGAGAUCACUCCCACUAAGGCUGCCUCCCUGCUGCCGUCUCAAGUUAGCCCUGCCUCCCCAGACAGCUCUCCAGUGCCCCCUUGUGUCAAGAUUGAGUAUGACAGUCCUCGAGAGAUUCAAAGUCACUUCCACUGCGACUUUUCCCUCAAUAAUUUUUGA